AGUCAGGCUGUAGAAGCGCCGUUUCGUGCCGCACCACGGCGUGACUUCUUCAAUCAUGCUCGUGAUCUGCACGGCGAAAAGCAAUUGAGUGGAAUUACUUGAUUGCGUUAAUUUCAGGGAGAGCUGUCCAAAAUUUCGACUUCAUAGAUCGAUGCAGCACACGCAGAAGACACUGCGCGAGGGUACCACGCCACGCCUGCCGAGCGUCCGCCCGGGCAUUCAGCUCCAGCUGCAGCCCCCCCUGGUGUGCGAACGCGUCCUCCUCGACCCCAACAUGGGACCCCAGAGGCGGAGGAGGGCAGACGCCCACGACGAUGACACCAAGGCCAACAGCAAGCGGCUACGUACCACCCAUGUCGGGUCCCGACGCAAUCCCUUUUCAAGUGAAAGUGCCGCCCCACCUUCCUUCUCUCUGAAGCGGUGCCUAGCACUCCUACAGGAGUAUGCCUCUGUCAACGAGCCCAAGGUGAUGGGGCCCGACGGAAUGGAAAAAUUCUGCGAGGACAUUGGUGUGGAACCCGAAAAUAUUGUGAUGUUGGUGCUGGCCUGGAAGAUGGAUGCCAAGCAGAUGGGCUUCUUCACCGAGGAGGAGUGGGUACAAGGACUCUCGGACCUCCAGUGCGACUCAAUCCAGAAGAUCCAGGGCAAGCUGGACUACCUCAAAUCCCUGUUGAAUGACACCACCCACUUCAAGAGCAUCUACAGAUAUGCGUACGACUUCGCAAGGGACAAGGACCAGCGAAGCAUGGACAUGGCAACAGCCAAGGCAAUGCUUCAACUGCUGCUGGGCAAGCAUUGGCCCCUCUGUGCCUCUUUCCACCAGUUCCUCGAGCAGUCCAAAUACCGGGUGAUCAACAAGGACCAAUGGUGUAAUGUGCUGGAGUUCAGCCGGACCAUCAAGCCGGACCUUUCCAACUACGAUGAGGACGGAGCCUGGCCCGUCUUGUUGGACGAAUUCGUGGAAUGGCUGCACUCGAGGCAUCCUCACCUCCGUCGGACGCCCCAAGAACUCGAAGACGACUCCCUCCCCUCGUUCAGUGCCUGCUCCAGCUGAGGGGGGGAGUGGACAUCCCAGUGCCCUCCCCUCUCCCCCCCCCCCCCCCCCCCCUCACCCCUCCCCAAAACUAGGACUACUCCUUUAAUUUGCAUCCCCUUCCCUCAAAGUUUGGUUCUACAAUAACAACAGUAACAACCAAGUCCAUGCCAACACCAUGGCUGAAGCUGCUACCCCCCCCCCCCCCCCCUUUUUUUUUUUUUCUUUAGUGAGUCUUCAAAUUUUUUUUUCUUGCUCCGACAGUUGAGUUUUGUCUGUACUACCUCCGUGCUGGACACCGUAUUUCUUUUUUGUGUGUGCGUGUGUGUGCAUACUUUUGGUUUACAAGAACGUUGCCACUCUUUUAGUCGAAGAUGGAAAUCGCCGUGCCGUGGAAUGCAUUUAAGGGGGCCGGCCACGAUCCGCGGCUGCAGUCAUCGAAGAGGGUUGCAAGUGCGUCGCGUGGUAAACAUCUUCAUUUCUACUUUUUUUUCUUAUUUUACGUCAAUAUUUAUGGGAGUUGUGUCGACGAAAGUUUGGCGAGGAAGAAGUAGCCUGCUCUCGUGCGGUGAAAUUAAUUUAUAAAGAUUGGGAACUGGUAUAAUUAGUAGCAAGGGCAUUCGACGCGCGCGCACGCAAGGUUUGGAAAUUUUGUUGCCCCGGGUCACAUCGGGUGGGAGAGGUUGCGUCAAGCAAAUGUUUUAGCACUUCGUUGUUUGUUUUUUUUUCGUCUAGGCACCCUUGUGUGAAUUUACCGGUUAUGCAUCUCCAUUGCCUGGUCCUUACCGCCUCGCACCACCCUUUAUGCAAUUGAGGAAGGUUUUUCUCUUUUUGUUGUUCUAGGUUUUAAUUGUAACCUUCGCUUCGCUGCAUUUCUUUAGGUUUGCGUAUGACGCUGUUAAAAAAAUUGUGGUUUUAAAUUUUUAUUUUUUGGACGGGACUCAGAAGAGAAUGCGUUUUGCUACCCCAGGGUUUGAUGUUGCCUUUUAUUUUUAUUUUGCGAACGUGAUACAGACAGCUCGGGUGCAACAAUUCCUGCUGGCUUCGUCCACACUCUUCGACGUAACCGGCGGGAUGCGGCCUGUGCGGUCGAAACUGACGUCGUACCGUAGACGUGCAAACGACCACAACCUUCCUAUCCCUGCAUCUCUCCUUCCCAUUCCCUUUUGUAGUUCUCGAUCCAACUUUCAAACUCCCCUCUCCCCUGCGAAAGCGAGCAUUGCGGCUGGCAAAGCAACAAUGCCAGGCCUGCCUUCUUUCUUUUUUCUGGAUGUGCGUGUGUCUGUGAAAGCGCUUUUGUACCGACUGGAAGAGAGAACGGAAACGGCACGCAUUGUACAAAUGUCUCGGAUGAGAGCGAUAUCCCAGAGCGGUUGUCGCGAACGAUUGUUAGGCCCGGUUUUUGAGAGCGGGCUCGUUUUGGAAGAAAGAAGGUGCAGACGAGAGGCAAACGGGUACGCGGGGUUCCGCUUGGAGACGAAGAGGGCACCGGGUACCCGCCACGGUAACGCGCAAGGAAGGUCGAAUUACAUUCCGCUAACGAAAAGAAACCAGCUCUCAACGACAACAAUAUUUGCCUCCCGUUUGGAAUUCACCGAGUCAACGUAGCGGCGCUUCGGUUGGAAGAGAAAGGAGUGGUGGUGCCAGAAGAUGUGGCACGCAGUUUUUCGAAAUGAAAACAAAAAAAGAAAUGAAAGCUGUAUUCGUAUUGAAAGUUUUAAGAGGAAAUAAAAGACAUCAAAUGAG